AUGCUGGGCAUCGGCCGAGGGUCUCGAGAAGGCGCUAUCUCCCUCGAAGCGUCGAUCAAGACCUACGGUCGGACAAAACAAUGGAGCGCAGCACUGCGGUUGCUCCGCGAAGGACUUCGAUUAGGUGUGCAACUUGUCCCAGGCCACUACAUUGCGACUGCCAGCGCAUGUAGAAAAGGCGGGCAAUGGCAACACGCGCUGUCAGUGCUCAGUGACAUGGGGAAGGCGAAGCUGGAGCCCACCGUCAUCUCUACAAUCGCUGGGAUCAGCGCGUGCGAGAAGGGCGAGCAGUGGCAGCGGGCGCUGGCGCUGCUGAGCGAGAUGUGGGAGGCGGGGCUGGAGCCCGACGUCAUCUGCUACAACGCUGGGACCAGCGCGUGCAAUAAAGGCGAGCAGUGGCAGCGGGCGCUUGCGCUGCUGAGCGAGAUGUGGGAGGCGAAGCUGGAGCCCGACGGCAUCAGCUACUGCGCUGGGAUCAGCGCGUGCGAGAAAGGCGGGCAGUGGCAGUGGGCGCUUGUGCUGCUGAGCGAGAUGUGGGAGGCGAAGCUGGAGCCCGACGUCAUCACUACAGCGCUGGGAUCAGCGCGUGCGAGAAGGGCGAGCAGUGGCAGCGGGCGCUUGCGCUGCUGA